UUAGAGUGGCUAUUUGGUGUCAUUUCUACCCCUUUAUAAGUAAGGCCCACACGCAUUAACAGAAGCCCAUUGAAAUAUCUGGAAAACGCAACUCCGGUUUUCUGGUUCCCGCCGAAGAGCAGAAAGAACGGUGAAAAUGGUUGGAAGAAGUUUGUUACCGGGAACUAUCUGCAAAUCACGGCAGCUCAAACAUCUCUUUUCCAAUCCCUUCAUCUUUCAACCUCUCUUAUCCCAUUCCUUACCCCAACAAAGAACCAGUCCUUUUACUGCAAAAUGCAAGGUUUUACUUGGCGGAGUCGCUGUUGGGUCACACCUAAGAGCACCCAAAUGUGAUCUUGGAUGCGUAUAUUUGGGUCGGGGUUUCUGUACGCUUGGCAAAGCUGUGGAAUCAGCUGCUGGUGUUGAAGAGAGUUCUGGAGAAGGUAAAAUCAAAAGGAAGAAAUUGAAGGGAAAAAGACAGGUUGUAAGGUGGUUAAAGUUCUUCAGGUGGAAGAAGAAGAAAGAUUUCCAAAGAAUGACUGCAGAAAACAAAAUUCUUUUCAAAUUGAGCAAGGCACGGAAGAAAGAGGAAAGGCUUCUUGAAGCUCUUAAGAAAGUUGAGCCCAAGGAAAAGUCAGAAGCUACCCAUGACCCGGAGAUACUGAGUCCAGAAGAACACUUUUACUUUCUGAAAAUGGGAGAGAAGUCCAAGAAUUAUGUGCCAGUUGGAAGACGUGGGAUAUACCAAGGUGUGAUCCUUAACAUGCACCUGCACUGGAAGAAGCACCAAACUCUAAAAGUGGUGGUCAAAACAUUCUCUCGGGAGGAGGUUAAGGAAAUUGCUGCAGAGCUUGCAAGAUUAAGUGGUGGAAUUGUUCUUGAUAUACAGGAUGACAACAGCAUUAUAAUGUACAGGGGGAAGAAUUACUCCCAACCUCCAACAGAAAUAAUGUCUCCAAGAAGUACUCUUUCUAGGAAAAAGGCCUUGGAUAAAUCUAAAUAUCGAGAUGGCCUGAGAGCUGUCAGGAGAUACAUUCCGCGGCUUGAGCAGGAUCUUGAGCUGCUUCGACUGCAGGCUGAAAAUAAAAGUGGUACUCCUGAAGAUAAACACUUGCUUGGCUCUGAGAAUUCUAACCACGAAGAUCGUUCAGACCUUCGAACUGAGGCAUCAAAUAAGCUCAAACAGAUGAUGAUUGAAAAUGAUGAACAAGGUGAAGAAGGUGAGUCCACAACAUAUUCCGAUAUCGUUUCAGAUUCGGAAGAUCUUUCAGAUAUUUUUGAAACGGACUCUGACGAAGAGGAUGAGGACAAAAUUGAAGAACCUUUUUAUUUGGAUGAGUUUGAAAAAUUUCAUGUACACAGCAACGGAGAAGAACAGGAUUUUGAGGAGCAUUUGCGUCAGAUAUCUUCCAACUCGAGGAAAGAGAAAUCUCUGUGUAAAGAUGCGGACACACCAGAUCUUGAUGAAGUUGAUAGGAUGAUUCUGCAAGCCACAUCACUUUUGAAGAAAAAGAAGAGAUGAAUGCCUGUAUAUGCGUAAGCAGUCACCUUUACUUGGUAUUCUCAGGCUACAAAUUAACUGUUGAGCAGAGCCUUUAGCCAAGGAACCCCUCUUCCCCAAUGGGUUUUGUACUGUAAUAGGGUUCAUUGACCAGUAUUAAGUUAACAGUUCUUCUGACAGGUGAGACGAAGCAACUUUAGUAAGGUUCAUCUCCGUGGUUUGUUUGUAUCCGUCCAAGUUCUUUUCAAAAUACUGAAGUAGAAAGAUGGUGUACAAUCUGAUUACAUAUUGGUCUUAAACAAGAAUACAGAGAUUGGCUGUGGAGAAGAGCAGGCUGACAAGCUCUUCUGGUGAAUAAGGAUUACAAGAUUGGCACUCAUUUGACUUGACACAGAAGCCAGGGUGGAGCUGAAAGGGCUUGAAUAGCAAAGCGCCUGCUGGUUGUAUAAUCAGUUAAUUGGGAGUACUCACUGGUUGGUGUAAUUUCAUUGUGGUUAGAUUUUUGUCUUAUUUAGGAGGAUUUGUAUGGGAAUAAGACUACUAAUUUUCAAAGGUUGAUUACCUCCUCUCCAGGCUUGAGUAUGAGAUUCAAAUGUUUCAGCUGGAAAUGCUUUUCAAUGGUAUUGCGAGAAGCAGUACCAAGCCUGUUUUUGUCUUUACUGCUAACCAAAGGUAGUUCGAUGUUGUUCAAAGCCUUGUAUCUCGUCAUUUACAGUAUACUGUACAUUUUUCAGUCUCAAUUGACUGAAAGUGAGGUCAUUGGAAAAACAGGGUUCAUGAUUUUGGUUUCUAUUAAUGUAUAUCCAAUCAUGGUCUGGAUUCCA